GAAUGAAAGCUUGUGAUGCCAUGCUCAAAGUGAGAUAGAUAAAAACUGUGCUGUUGGUGUUUAGGUCGCCAGAGGUCAGCAUUGCACACAGACUGUUGCUGUAAACAGUCUGUGUGCAAUGGGGACCUCAGGAAAUGGCGUGUCCUGUUCCUAAUUAAACAAAUCGGGGACUAUUUUAUUAUUUUCACUAAUAUCUCGUUGAUUUUACGGGUUAUUUCCGUGCUCAGCUGGUGCAGGGUCGGGUUCCUGGACAGAGUUUUGUGAUGAGCUUCGUGGUGGUUUUGGUUGCGCAGUGCGCUGCUGCUGCUGACUGGGACUGCUGCAGUGUAAACAAGACUGUCCGAGGCUGCAGCGAUGCUUCCUGUGAGCAAAAAGACAAUCACUCACUUCUAAUGAUCGCUGACCUCUCAGAUUAAAAAAAAGAGGCUGCACUUUCACCCGGAACCUUUUUUCCCCUAUUCGCAGAGAGUUUAGUUCAAAAUUCUGCAACGUGAGAGAGACUAAACGCUGUUAAAAAUAAACAGAUUUUCUUUUUCAUUGUUAAGUUCAAUUUACCUCGACAUCUGUCUCUCAUAGCUGACAUUUUAGUCCAAACGCGUCCGUUUGGAUAACCAGAUGGAUUUUAUUGCUGCGGAGGAACAAUCAACUCCUUGAAUUUCAACAAAAUGACUGACAACCAGGAAGAUGCUGAGGACACGACUCCGUCCCGGAGACCGACCUUGCCGCUCCGGCCACCGUGCGAGCGUCUCUCCGGCCACAAGAGCAGCGUGUGCUCCCGCUCAUACUUUGUGGUUGUAAUGGUAUUUUUUCAUGUGUACAUCAUCAACGUUAUAGCACUGCUGUUUUACGUGCACUACAGCAGCGGGCAGCAGGAUGCCAGCCGGACUCGUGAUGCGCCCAGCGGUGGCCACCAGCGCCCCGAAUCGCGACGUCCGCCAUCAAAACCCGAGUUUGUGCGUGAUGUCUCUCUGGCGAGAAUCGAGGGAAUAAGGGUGGGACAUGUCCAGAAGGUGUCACUGGUGUCGGGCAAAGUGCACGAGAUGCGGACUCUGAGCCUGAAACCGCUGCUGUUUGAGAUUCCUGGGUUUCUGUCAGACGAUGAGUGUCGUGUGGUGAUGCAGCUGGCACAGCUGAAGGGUCUUAUGGAAAGCCAGCUGAUGGUACAAGUUGGCCAAGAAGAGCUGGCCAAGGAGCUCAACCUUAGCCCAGAAGAGAUCUUCAAUCUUCUUGACAUCAACCAGGACGGACAGUUGCAGCUUCAGGAGAUACUGACUCAUUCUCGAGUGAGGGACGGCAUUUGGCUCACUCCGGAGAAUCUGCGAGAAAUCUAUGCCGGGUUAAAAGCUGACAAAGAUAAUAAUGGUUUGUUGAGUCUAGAGGAGUUCAGGCUUCUGAGCAAUGAUGCCUUCCAGCGCUUUCUGCUGCAGCGAGGGGUGAAAAGAAGUCAGCUGGUGCGGAACAGCAGGCACACCUGGCUCUAUCAAGGCAAAGGAGCCCACCAGGUCCUCCAGGACAUCAAGGAGAAGGUGAUUCGUCUCACUCGGCUCCCACCCACAUUAGUGGACCUCAGUGAGCCUCUCCAGGUGGUUCGCUAUGAGGAAGGGGGGCAUUACCACGCCCACCACGACAGCGGGCCUGUCUACCCAGAAACAGCAUGCACACACACCCGCCUCGCAGCUAAUACUUCCACUCCUUUUGAGACAUCAUGCAGGUACAUCACAGUUCUCUUCUACCUGAACUCUGUUGAUGGGGGCGGGGAGACCGCAUUCCCUGUGGCAGACAACAGGACCUAUGAUGAAGUGUCUCUCAUACAGAACGACGUGGAUCUUCUGGACACCAGAAGGAACUGUGACAAGAGUAAUCUAAGAGUGAAGCCCAUCAAAGGGACAGCUGUUUUCUGGUACAACUACCUUUCUGAUGGCAGAGGUUGGGUGGGAGAGCAGGAUGAGUUUGCUCUGCAUGGAGGCUGUGUGGUUACCCGUGGCACUAAGUGGGUUGCCAAUAAAUGGAUCAACAUUGAUCCAGAUUACCAGCGGCAGGCUCUCUACCAGCAGUUGGUGUCACAGCUGCCAGAAGAUGAUGAGGAUGAUGAAGGUCUGACUCUAAACAAAGACAUGCAACAUGCCAGCAUCCAUCAAGAGUUGUAGCUCAUACACCAAAUACUGUACAUAUAUAACAAAAUCUUCCUCGCCUUCCUCAGUCCUGUGCACAAAUUUUUGUAAUCCUUCUCUGUGGCCAGUUUGUAGAGACAAGAUUUAUUCAGGGAAUGAGGUCUCAGUGAGUUUAUGCAACAGUAAAGAGAUGCUGUCUUGUUAUUUUUCAUUUACUGUAAUUUCCUACUUCAGGAUUGUUGCACUUGUACACUUGAGUUGAUUUAAUGCGGUGUGAAAGUGUGUAGGAUUUACUGACAUCUAGUGGCAAUGUUUCAGAUUGCAAACAUCUGAAAACACCUGCUUCCUUAACCCAGUCUUCCAAGCACAUGGAAGAAAUGUAGAUAACCACAAAAAACAAAGAAGACCCCUGCUAGAGUAAAUAUUUGUUUUUUUAUUUUGAACAACUGUAGAAACAGUGUGGUGUAAUGCAAAUUUACCCGUGAUGAAGAAGAUUCAUUCUAAGGUAGCCACACAGUGAUUUCUUUUUUAAGGUGGCUCUACAGUAAUGAAGCCUUUCUGUCACUAGAUAACCCUAAAUAUUACACACUGAACUUCAAAUGACACUUUUCUUUGCAUGCAUUACUUACACAUAUUUUGCUGUUGCUGUUAGCAAAUGAAAACAAUUGCACCAGAAAAUUGCAAUGGCUGCCGUUACCAAAAAGUAGCUCACACACUCUCAGUGUGAUGCAUGAUGCCUUGUCUUUGUCCCUUGAAGUCAUCUUGACUGUUUUCUUGUGGAAUGCACAACAAUAGCACAAGCUAUCCCUCAGAUGUCUUGAUUCCAUUUUAUUUAUUGUAAUAUUUAUUUCAAAUGCACUGCCUCACUGUCCUUCAUGGAAUAAAGU